GCUGGCGUAGACGCUUCCUGGCCAUGGUGGUGGUGGCAGCGGCGCCGAACGCGGCCGCGGCGGCCCCCAAAGUCCUGCUCCUAUCGGGCCAGCCCUCGGCGGGCGGCCGGGCGCUGCCACUCAUGGUGUCGGGCUCUCGGGCAGCGGGGUCCGAGGCGGGCGGGGCGCCGCAGGCUCGCAAGCGGCAGCGCCUGACGCACCUGAGCCCGGAGGAGAAGGCGCUGCGGAGGAAACUGAAAAACAGAGUAGCAGCGCAGACUGCCCGAGAUCGAAAGAAAGCCCGGAUGAGCGAGCUGGAGCAGCAAGUGGUGGAUUUGGAAGAAGAGAACCAAAAGCUUCUGUUAGAAAACCAGCUUUUACGAGAGAAAACUCAUGGCCUUGUGAUUGAGAACCAGGAGUUACGAACUCGCUUGGGAAUGGAUGUCCUGGCUACUGAAGAGGCUCCAGAGACAGAGUCCAAGGGAGAUGGAGUACGGCCGGUGGCCGGGUCUGCUGAGUCCGCAGCACUCAGACUACGUGCAUCUGCAGCAGGUGCAGGCCCAGCUGUCACCUCCCCGGAACAUCUUCCCAUGGAUUCUGACGCUGUUGACUCUUCAGACUCUGAGUCUGAUAUCCUUUUGGGCAUUCUGGACAAGUUGGACCCUGUCAUGUUUUUCAAGUGUCCAUCCCCAGAGUCUGCCAAUCUGGAGGAACUCCCAGAGGUCUACCCAGAAGGACCUAGUUCCUUACCAGCCUCCCUUUCUCUGUCAGUGGGGACCUCAUCAGCCAAGCUGGAAGCCAUUAAUGAACUCAUUCGUUUUGACCAUGUAUACACCAAGCCUCUAGUCUUAGAGAUCCCCUCUGAGACAGAGAGCCAAACUAAUGUGGUAGUGAAAAUUGAGGAAGCACCUCUCAGCUCUCCAGAGGAGGAUCCCCCUGAAUUCAUUGUCUCAGUGAAGAAAGAACCUUUGGAAGAAGACCUCAUUCCAGAGCUGGGCAUCUCAACCCUGCUUUCAUCCAGCCACAGUCUGAAACCAUCUUCUUGCCUGCUGGAUGCUUACAGUGACUGUGGAUAUGAGGGCUCCCCUUCUCCCUUCAGUGACAUGUCUUCUCCACUUGGUACAGACCAUUCUUGGGAGGACACUUUUGCCAAUGAACUCUUUCCCCAGCUGAUUAGUGUCUAAAGAGCCACCCAGCACUGGGCCCCUUUCCUUGACCAUUACACUGCCUUAGAGGAUAGCAGAGAAAGAGUUCCUCUAAAGUAUUCUUUUCAACUUCAUAGACGACUUCCAAGUAUUGUCUUUUGACACCCAGCCGUCUAAGGUAUUCAAAAAUAUCCUAAUUCUGCACUACAGCUUUUGAGAGAUCUUAAAGGUGGCAGUGUGCCCCACAAUACAGGAGAGGGUCAUUUGACAGUUAUCCCCAGGCUGGCUUCAAAGUAUGUAGCUGAGGCUAGGCUGGAACUCCCGACCCUCCUGCCUCCACCUCCCAAGUGCUGGGUUUAUGCAGGUGUACACCUCCACACCUGCCUCCUGACAUGUCCGAAAGUGGACUUGGGGUUUAUGAAUGGCCUUUGAUCAUUUCUCUUCCCUGCUCUUGGCUUCCCAGGUUUUUUAGUUUACUUCUACAAGCAAACAACAACCUGAGAGGCUUGGUUUUCCUUAUGUACAGUCCAAGUGAAGAUCAAGAAUCUUUGUUAAAAUUACAGAAAUUUACUAUGUAAAUGCCUGAUGGAAUCUUCUUGCUAGUGUAGCUUCUGGAAGGUGCUUUCUCCAUUUAUUUAAAACUACCCAUGCAAUUAAAAAAGCAGUGCAGCA